UAAAGGAUCAAGUUCACCUGGAAAGAGUCGUUCUCCAAGUACCAAAAUCGCACACGCUCACAGGAAAGCUGUCAGUCAAUCAGAGCUCCAAAUCGAGCACAGUCUUCACCUCGUUUUUAUCACACAGUCAUCAAGGAAUUCAUCAAAAUUUCCAUUGCUCGCCAAGAUAUUGGGCAGUAUUAGUUUUCGUGGUCUGCAGCUUCUUAAGAAAGCACCCGAAGAGGAUCCAAAUCUUCCCAUUCCCACCAGAAGUUCUAGUGAGACAUGCAGUCCUUACGGAUGCUGAUCCAUUGCCUGGCGACGCGACAGUCCCAGAUGAUGACCCACAUACGCCGGGCCAGCGGGAGCAGCAGCUUUCCGGAGCUGGUCUUUCCCGACGACCAGGACAUCGAGCCGGAGGACGAGCAGGGAGCUCGGGAUCCACAGUUUCCGAUCCUCCACAGCCGCCACACGGAUCUCUUCUACAUGCCGCGCCUCGUGGGUCCGGCGUACCAGGGUCUCAUCUCUCCGGCGGAUCAGCCAUAUGCCACCGCCUACUAUCCGGCGGAUGCUCAGACUUUAAUCAAGGGAAGCGAUAGUGCCCUGGUGAUCUCACCCACCGAUAUGUGGGUGGUGGCUUGCCCCAAGCUCCUGGUGACCUAUAUGCGCCGCCUUUUCCAGCAUCCGUACGCGAACUUUGGCAGCUCGAUGAACUUCAGCAUGAUUGGAAUGCGGUUCCAUGACUCCGAUGUCGACAGUGCCCUACGCUCCUUCGUACUCUUCGCCAGCCACAAUUCACGCGAGAUCAUGCACAACGGCUACUGGGCGGACUUUGUCAAUCCGCUGACUGGCCGCGCCCACUUCCGGGCCGCCCACUCCAGCCGGAAGCAGUGCCGGGAGGCCCAGCUCCUUGGCCGGGGCCUGGCCUUCACCAAUGCCAAUGGCUGCACCGUAAUCGAGGAGGAGCAGAGCGAUCAGUUCACCGGCUGCAUCUUCACGGACACACCCUGCAAGGUCCUCGAGUCGUGGUGCUCUUAG